AUGCUGGCCUCCACUUGCUGCCUGUUAUGGUUCAUUGGGUCUACGUCUCUUCAGCUGUCGUUGAUGUCUUCCAUGUAUCGAGGCAUGCUUGCGCAAGUUGAUGCAUCCGAAUGCAAGCAAUUCCAAGUAGAUGUCGCUGUGACUGUCAGAUUUGAGCCUCGUGAACCUCCCUCUCCAGGGUGCGACUCAAAUACGAGCGAUUCAGACUCAGAGACGUGCUCGCUGGUUCCUCCUGCAGGACGGGACACAAAUCUGCAAACAGAAUUGACAGACUUCUUCGCAGCACUACCAUGGGAACCACUGCCAAAAUGCGAGAGUGUCUGUGCGGAGCGUACUGCUGAUCUCAUUUACAGCAUGGCUAGGUUCAAAACAGAUCCUUGCAUACACAUCAUGAACACAAAGGGAAAUUCCGCAUCUUGGGAUAUCCUCUUCCGACACCCGCGGAGCCCAGUGAGCCUCACGACUGCGCAGGGGCUCUGGUGCGUAUGUGAAAUCGGGAUGGUGGUGCAGCGAGUGGUCCAACGGCUACCGCUUCAAUCAGAUUCUGCGAGCACCUCUGCGAGCACCUUUGCGACCCCUUCCCGUUCCUCGGCUCCGGUCUUCGACGACGAGUAUUGUGAACCGUACAAAAUAUCAAGGCGAGUCAUCAUCUCCGACCAGAUGCUCCAAAUACAGGCAUGGUACCCAAAGCCUCCCUACACAGGCGUACGUUCAGAUUACAUCUUGAACGAUGGAGAUUGGGAUGCACUAAACAAGAUCAUUGCCUACCCUACCAGUUGUGAUGCCGAAGUUCAGGAUCUCUUAGGCACCGACCCAGUGAAUAUACAGCCUGACGGUCUUCGGCCUCCUCACUCGAGCAACUGCACCGUCAAAUAUCGCGGUGGAGACAAGUCACAGUCAGGAUACAUUGGCCUCUGCUGCGAAGGAGACUACAUGGCGCCGAUCAUACAGCGAAUAAAGCUCUUGCAUUCCUGUGAUCCUCGCAACACAACUUUUAGAAUGGCUUACAAACGAAUGUGCAAGAAGUUUGACAUUCCUCACGAUAUCAUGGACAUCAUCGUGGACAAAGUUGAUUCGAAGUCGCGGUUAGAGGAGUUGGCGGAGGAGUUUCGCAUGAGAUUCUUGUGA